GAGCUGCAUGGCUUCCAGCAUCCCGCUUCUUCUCCUGCUGUUCGCGGGUUUAUUCCGGAAUAUUGUCAGCUAUGAAGACUGUUACAAUUAUAUUAAGAAUGAAUUUGUAGUCUGUGGUUGGUUGACCGACAAUUUCUGCUGUGGGACCUGUAAUGGCACUCACUGCUGCAAUGACCCUCAUAAAAGAAUCACCAGAGAAGAAUUAGACGACUGUUUUUGGAAAGACUUCAAGGCUUUGGAAGGAAAGUUGAAUUUUCUUCAACCAAAGAAAGUCACAACUGACAACACAUAUGUCGCAGUUUAUUGCUCCUUAAUUGGAGUUGUGGCCUUCAUCGUUGUGUUCAUCAUCUGCUGGGUCUCUCCCUCCUGCUUUCUCCAUAAGAGAUUCAGAAAUCCUGGACCCGUGUUGGCGACAACUACAUUCGUGACGACACAGUGCCUUCCACAGCUUGACAGUAAGAGCGGCCACUACCCUCCAUACCAGCCUUUGAGAAAUGAAACACCACACGGAGACCAACCCAUGCCAACUGGACAUUUGAAUGGACCACCACCAUCAUAUCUGGAUGCUGAUGGAGGUCAGACUGUGGACCCUAAACAACCAGCAAUGCCAAUCGACUAUACUUCGCUUCCAUUAGCAGUAAACCCUGUUUACGUGGAAUCACCGGGAACAACUAUGACUACACGGGUUCAGAUGCCCAAGACUGGUUACUAAACCACAUCCAGCGAAUCUGAGAUUGUAAACUUGUUAGAUUGUGAAUAUAUUGAUUUUAGUUCAUUAAAUGUUACCUGCAAGUGUUAAGUUGACUAUCAGAGUCUGGAGUUGGAGAAACCUAAUGUUUUGAACUUGUUAAUCUUUCAGUUUUCACGCAGAGGAAAUUUUGAGUAUAGUUUUCUUCAGUUUUCAUGGAUUUAGACAUUAAAAACAAUGUUCAAACUGCA